AUGAAAACAGGAAAUCAAACUGUUGGGACAGAUUUUAUACUUCUUGGUCUUUUCCAAUAUGGUCCAAUGGACUCUUUUCUCUUUGUUGUCAUUGCAAUCUUAUUUCUAGUAGCUCUGAUGGGUAACAUUAUACUGAUUCUCCUUAUUCAAUUGGAUACCAGACUUCACAGUCCAAUGUACUUUCUACUCAGUCAACUCUCUUUCAUUGACAUGAUGUAUAUCUCUACUACUGUGCCAAAGAUGGCAAUUAUUCUGUCCAAUAAUAAGACCAUUACUUUUUUAGGCUGUGAGAUUCAAACAUUUUUGUUCUUGGUCCUUGGUGGAACUGAAGCUCUUCUUCUUGGUUUCAUGUCAUAUGAUCGCUAUGUAGCCAUCUGUCAUCCUUUACGUUACCCUUUACUCAUGAGCAAAAAGCACUGUUGGUUCAUGGUCACAUGUGUAUGGACCAGUAGUUCUCUGAAUUCUUUAAUACAUACAGCACAUAUAUUUCAACUUCACUUCUGUGGAUAUCGAGUCAUUAACCACUUCUUCUGUGAAAUUCCAACUCUGGUUCCAUUGGUGUGUCAGGACACUUCCCAGUAUGAAUAUACAGUUCUCCUGAGUGGCAUUAUAAUUUUUUUGUUACCAUUCAUGGCCAUUCUCACUUCCUAUGCCUAUGUGCUUACUGUGGUGUUCCGGAAGAGUUCAGGAAAAGGACAAACCAAAGCUAUCUCUACUUGUUCCUCUCACCUGAUUGUGGCAAGCCUAUUCUAUGUGACCACUCUCUCCACUUAUACAAGGCCACACACCUUGCAUUCCCCUGAAGAGGAUAAGGUGGUGGCAGUGUUUUACACCAUUAUCACACCUCUUCUUAAUCCCUUUAUCUACAGCCUGAGGAAUAAAGAAGUAAUGGGGGCCAUGAGGAGACUAUGGAACCAUGUACAUUUGUACAGAAAAAUGACUGUUGGAAAUUUUACAGAUUGA